AAAUCGCUGAUAUCGGAAAAUCGCAGUUUAGCCCAUCACUAACGCUGGUUUUGAAUGCAUCUGCUGGUUCUGCGAUGCGAUACUGUCAUCCUUCGUGUACCGUGUAGUCAGCAGCAACCUCAUGGUGUUGUGGAAAUUUGUGUGUGACAUUCUCCAGACUGUAGAACUGAAACGAUGGACCAGGAGCUAAGUAAGUGGAUAAAAAAAGAGGAAACUGAUGAAGUACAAACUGAGUUACACUUCAUAGCGCAAGAUUAUCCAUGCAGCAUGAAUGUAAAAGAAGAGUUGGAGGAGGGUGUGAAUAAAGAGUUUCUUGAAGACCCAUUAAAGGCUGGCGACCCUAGUUUUUGCGUAAAGCAAGAUCCCGAACUGAAACACCGUGCUGCUGGAUCUGAGCAUAAUUCUGUUGAAGAUCCAUUGGGAAUAUCUUUGUCCACUGAUUUUAUCAAGGAGGAUCCUGAAUUAAAUAUAACUGAGAAUACUGUGGAAACCUCAAUGAGAUAUGCAUCUGAUAGUGCAAGAUUUACUCAGAUUACUGGUGGGAGUUGCAGCAUAUCAUGUGAAGAAACUUGUCACCAUAGACUGGUCCAGGAUGAGUUGGUGAUAGACAUGGAGAAGUCAACACAUGGGUUCAGUACCAAUACAGAAGAUGUGACUAUUCAUAAGGAAUGCUCCGUUGCCACCCAAUAUGACUGUGAUCUCAAGAAACAUGUAUUAAUUCACACUGGAAAGAAACCUCACAAAUGUGAGAUUUGUGGGAAAUCCUUUACCAUAUUAGGCAAUCUUAACAAACAUUUAUUAAUUCACACUGGAAAUAAACCUCACAAAUGUGAGAUUUGUGGGAAAUCUUUUGCUAGGGCAGAUCAUUGCAAGACACACACAUUAUCUCACACUGGAAAUAAACCUCACAAAUGUGAGAUUUGUGGGAAAUCUUUUACUAUAUUAGGCAAUCUUAACACACACUUAUUAAUUCACACUGGAAAGAAACCUCACAAAUGUGGGAUUUGUGGGAAAUCUUUUACUAUGUUAGGUGAUCUCAAGAAACAUGUAUUAAUUCACACUGGAAAGAAACCUCACAAAUGUGAGAUUUGUGGGAAAUCCUUUACCAUAUUAGGCAAUCUUAACAAACAUUUAUUAAUUCACACUGGAAAUAAACCUCACAAAUGUGAGAUGUGUGGGAAAGCUUUUGCGUUGUCAUGCUAUCUGAAGGAACACACAUUGAUUCACACUGGAAAUAAACCUCACAAAUGUGAGAUUUGUGGGAAAUCCUUUGCUAGGGCAGAUCAUCGCAAGAGACAUCUAUUAUUUCACACUGGAAAUAAACCUCACAAAUGUGAGAUUUGUGGGAAAACUUUUACUAUGUUAGAUGAUCUCAAGAAACAUGUAUUAAUUCACACUGGAAAGAAACCUCACAAAUGUGAGAUUUGUGGGAAAUCCUUUACCAUAUUAGGCAAUCUUAACAAACAUUUAUUAAUUCACGCUGGAAAGAAACCUCACAAAUGUGAGAUCUGUGGGGAAUGUUUUGCUACAUCAGGUGAUUUCAAGACACAUGCAUUUGAACACACUGGAAGUGGACCUCACAAAUGUGGUAUCUGUGACAAAAAGUUUCACUUACUUGGAUACUCUCAAGACACAUGCAUUACUUCACAUCAGAAAGAAAAUGUAAGUAUGUGUUAGUUUACGCAAAUAGGUUUUCAUGGUUGGUGCCCUCAAGGCCUAUAAAAUAAUGUAUGUACCAGGGGACAAUAAAUUGUACUCUCAGUGAAAUAACUUUAAAAUCUGGUAGAAUUGUAAAAAAAUUUGUUAUGAUGUGUACU